GUUCCGGAGCCCCGCACCCCCGCGCCCCGCGCGCUCCCCGCAGCCUCGGUGGCGGCCCUCGGACCCGCAGCCAGCUCCGCCUCCCCGCGCCAUGGCCGCCCCCGACCUGUCCACCAACCUCCAGGAGGAGGCCACCUGCGCCAUCUGCCUCGACUACUUCACCGACCCGGUGAUGACCGACUGCGGCCACAACUUCUGCCGCGAGUGCAUCCGGCGCUGCUGGGGCCAGCCCGAGGGCCCGUACGCCUGCCCCGAGUGCCGCGAGCUGUCCCCGCAGAGGAACCUGCGGCCCAACCGCCCGCUCGCCAAGAUGGCCGAGAUGGCGCGGCGCCUGCACCCGCCGUCGCCCGUCCCGCAGGGCGUGUGCGCCGCGCACCGCGAGCCGCUGGCCGCCUUCUGCGGCGACGAGCUGCGCCUGCUGUGCGCCGCCUGCGAGCGCUCGGGGGAGCACUGGGGGCACCGCGUGCGCCCGCUGCAGGACGCGGCCGACGACCUCAAGGCAAAGCUGGAGAAGUCGCUGGAGCACCUUCGGAAGCAGAUGGAAGAUGCGCUGCUGUUCCAAGCCCAGGCCGACGAGACCUGCGCCUUGUGGCAGAAGAUGGUGGAGAGCCAGCGGCAGAACGUGCUGGGCGAGUUCGAGCGGCUGCGGCGCCUGCUGGGGGAGGAGGAGCGGCUGCUGCUGCAGAGGCUGGAGCAGGAGGAGCUGGAGGUGCUGCCGCGCCUGCGGGAGGGCGCUGCCCGGCUGGGCCAGCAGAGCGCCCACCUGGCCGAGCUCGUCGCCGAGCUCGAGGGCCGCUGCCAGCUGCCGGCGCUGGGGCUGCUGCAGGACAUCAAGGACGCCCUGCGCAGGAUCCAGGACGUGAAGCUGCAGCCGCCGGAGGUGGUGCCCAUGGAGCUGAGGACCGUGUGCAGGGUGCCGGGGCUGGUGGAGACCCUGCGGAGGUUUCGAGGGGACGUGACCCUGGACCCGGACACCGCCAACCCCGAGCUGGUCCUGUCCGAGGACCGGCGGAGCGUGCAGCGGGGCGACCUGCGCCAGGCCCUGCCCGACAGCCCCGAGCGCUUCGACCCCGGCCCCUGCGUGCUGGGCCAGGAGCGCUUCAGCUCGGGCCGCCACUACUGGGAGGUGGAGGUCGGGGACCGCAGCAGCUGGGCCCUGGGCGUGUGCAGGGACGACGUCGACAGGAAGGAGAAGGGGGAGCUGUCCGUGGGCAACGGCUUCUGGAUCCUGGUCUUCCUGGGGAGCUACUACAACUGCCCUGAGCGGGCCUUCGCGCCGCUGCGGGACCCUCCGAGGCGCGUGGGCAUCUUUCUGGACUACGAGGCGGGACACCUGUCCUUCUACAGUGCCACUGACGGGUCGCUGCUCUUCAUCUUCCCCGAGACCCCCUUCUCGGGGACACUGCGGCCCCUCUUCUCGCCUCUGUCCAGCGGCCCAAUCCCUAUGACCAUCUGCCGGCCCAAAGCGGGGCCCGGGGACGCCCUGGUGCCCCUGUGACUGGGACCCCACUGGAGGAGUCCCUUUGCUUCUCGGGCCCCUCCUGGCUUCUGGCUGUUCUGGCCACUUGGAGGACCCGGGAGGAGGGAACGUGUCCUUUGAGCCAUGGGAGGAAUGCAGUGCCUUUCUGGACGUGCGUGGGGAAACCUGCGUGCCAGUGCUCUGGGGAACUGCGGGUGGGGUGGGCUCUGUCCCCGCUCCAAGCCGCCAGGUGUCACUUGGCACCAACCAAAGCCUCCAGCCCUGCAGCCUUGGUGGCUCCGGCUUCUGGUUCCAGGAGCUUUGCAGGCCCCGCUGCACCCACGCGGGACCCCAGCUGUGUUGUCCCAGCUCUCUCUGGCCACAGCCCGGUCGGGCCCUGGAAGUCUCGUGUGCCCACCUCUGAGAAGACGCUGGGACGGUCUCAUGAUACAGGAGGACUGGUAGCACCGCUCUGGCUGUGGUCGCUUCAGAAGAACUAGGGGACAGCAGUUGGUCUUGCCGAAGGGAACUGCGUGCAAGUGCCUGAAUAAGGGGCCUGCGGAAAUUGCCCCCGUGCAGAGACUACUAGGCAGGUCCGUGGGGCCGGGAGGUCAGUGUGGGGCUGGGAAAUGACCCUUCAAACCACUGCUGUGUUUCUGAAGCCUUUUCUGAGCGUGUCACUGGCUGGUUUUGCCCUUGCAAAGCCUCCGUACUGGCCUCGGUGGUCGUCCCCAAGAACCCAGGCUCGGCUCUGCUCCGCCAGAGGCUGUGCAGGUCCCACAGGAGGCGGUGCGUGCCGCGGGCCACCUGCCUCGCUGUCCCCACGCCCAGGGCAAGAGCACGGGUUUCCGAGAGCCCGAAGCGGGUGGGAUGCAGGAGUUGGUGCUGUGUUCAGGUUCGGGGUUUCUUCGCCCUUCUCAAGAAGUUCUUGUCUUCGUACCCGUCUUAUUUAUUGGAAGGACGGCGUUCCCCUGGUGAGCAAACUUCAGCCAUCGUCUGUGACCCUGCCGUCCGCUGCUCACCCCAGCGACAGGGUGCUCUGAUGUGCCAGGCCGGACGGGCAGCCGCUUUCCACACUGAAGCAGUGGGGACCCACCGGCUGUGUCCCUGUGUUCUUUGCUCGGACAUGUAUUCAUUCCAUGUAGCUGCCAAAGG